AUGGAUGAAAUUAACCUUGAUGAUUUUGCAAUAAAAAAUGACUCAAGCCCGUCCGAUAUUGUAGAUAGAUUGGAAAUUCCUCUUCACACCAAAAAUCACCAUCAACAGAAUAGUUAUAGUGAGGAAAAUUUAUUAAAUAAUUUAAAGCUGGCCUAUGAAUUUUCCAAACGAUUAAUCCGAACUUCACUUGGACCAUUCAGUAAAGAUAAACUAAUUGUCAAGGGUGAUUUACAAAAAAGCAUCCUUGUUACGAAUGAUGGACGAACGUUAAUGGAGGAAAUGUUCAAAUUGAGAUCUCUCAAUGAGAAUAGAGAACAACAUCCAAUUCAUACACUACUCUAUCAAUUAUCAAAAAAUCAAGACAAUACAGUAGGUGAUGGAACAACUAGUGUUGUCGUCUUGUGUGGAGAAAUGUGUAAAUUAUCUGUGGAAUUGAUUGAAAAAUGGAAUUUGAGUGUAGAUAAGAUUAUGAAAGGUUUUCAAAAAACUUUGGAUUAUAUUUUAAGAGAAUGGUUAUCUGUUUUUACGAAACCAUUGAGAGAGGUUGACCCAACAGAGAGCUCUUUAAAAGCUACUAAAUCAUGCCUCCUUUCCAAACAAGUGAAAAAUAUUUGUGAGGAACUCAGUUCAAUAGCAGUGGAAGCCAUUCACGCUACAGCAGGCAAGCUUCAUUUCAUCAAUGUGGACACUCUGAUUAUUGAUAAUCAAAAUUUAAUGAAUCAACAACAUAUUGACAGUAGUACUAAUGUAAUUCUAAUUGAAUCUGGAAUAUGUUUGGUUGGUAAAAAUUUGGCAUCCAAUUUGAAUAUGAAAUUUUCAAUGAGAGAUUGCAGAAUUGCUCUAUUUUCAUGUCCCAUAGAAACACCUCGACUCAAGACACGACACCACAUUAAUAUUACCAAUUCAAAACAAUAUCAAGAAUUGGAAGCUGUUGAAAAUUCCUACCUUGAAGAAGUUAUUUCAAUUCUGAAGAAUUGUAAUGUAAAUAUAAUAGUCUCACAAUGGGGAUUCGAUAAUAGAUUUCAUGAUUACCUAGUUGAGAACAACCUUAUUGGUAUAAGGUGGGUUGGUGCCGAUGAAUUGGAUAGAAUUGCUCUCGCUACAGGUGCCUCAAUUUGCCCACAAGUGGCUCACUUUACUGAAAAUAUGCUUGGUUAUGCUGGAAAAUUUGAAUAUCAGGAGGGUGACAAGUUAAUGACCUUUACUGAGUGCAUAGAACCAAAAGUUUGCUCAAUCCUAAUACGAUCCUCAAAUGAGUUUCUUGCCCAAGAAACAGCUCGUUCCAUGAAUGAUGCGCUAAUGAGUGUUCGAUCCGUAUAUUCUCACCUCUCCAACAAACACAAUGUCUAUGGAGGUGGAUGUUUUGAAAUGCAAAUUUAUUCUCUCGUAAUGGAAAAUUUGGAAAAGAUUGAACCAAAUGAUUUUCUCACUCAAACCAUUGCCAAGCAUUGGGCAAAAAGCCUUCUGGUUGUUCCAUCUACAUUUGCUGAAAAUUCAGGACUCUCUGUAAUUGAAACAAUUCAAACUCUGAUUGACAAGCAUCAAUUAGGAGAAUAUUAUUAUGAGAAACUGAUUGAGGAAUAUUCCAAACCUUGUUCAAAUACUUGCAAUUUUCUAAUGCAAAUUAAGAAUAUGAGCGAGACACAAGUUAUGGAAAAUAUUCUUGUCAAGAUGAAUGUUCUCAUUUUAGCAACUGAAAUGGUUAAUAUGAUUUUAAAAAUUGAUGAGAAUAUCAUGUAUUGA